AUGGCCGAACUCUCUUCAGCCCCCGUGCUGUCAACGCCAGAAGACCACCUCUUCGAAGCCGCCGCGCAAGCCGAAACCAAGUCGACCCUCUCCCACGAUGCUCUCCGAACCACCUACGAGAUCCCGCGCACGGCGGCCGAGAUCCGGCAAGGCGGGUGGAAGAGAGUCGCGCUCCAGUUCCCAGACCACAUGCUCGUCGACGCCCCCAGAGUAGUGGAGGUGCUCAAGCAGGAAUUGGAAAGCACGAGCGCGGGCGAAAGCAGCACAGACGAGGGAACCAAGAGCUGGAGGAUAUGCAUUCUCGCGGACACGAGCUACAGCGCCUGCUGCGUUGACGAGAUUGCGGCCGAGCACGCGAAUGCAGACGUCGUGGUGCACUACGGGCGGACGUGUCUGAGUCCGACGAGCCGACUGCCGGUCAUUUACGUGUACACAUCGCAAGAGCUGGACCACGAUGCCGUCGUCGCGCAGUUUACAAAGGAGUUUGGCGACAAGGCCACAAAGGUCGUCAUCAUGGCAGACUUGACAUACCAGAACCACGUGGAACCGAUAGCGCACGCUCUCAGAGAACGGGGAUAUACCAACAUAGUAGCGACGGAAGUCAUCAGAGAUCCCGCGGGCGUAAUACCGAACAGGAGAAUAGCGGGAGACCCCAUAGACGAAGAGCUCCUCAAGUCGCAUUCCCUAUUCCACAUCUCCGAUCCUCCCGCAUCUCUUCUCCUCGCUCUCCAGUCCCGCUUCGCCUCUCUUCACGUCCUCUCCGUGCCGUCACCGUUAUCUCCCACCCUCGACAACCCGACAUUCCGAACAGCAGGGCUUUUGCGCCGACGCUUCGCUCGCGUUCUCACCCUUGCCUCGGCGGGCGUCGUUGGCAUUCUCGUCAACACGCUCUCGGUGUCAAAUUACCUCUCGUCAAUCGACUUGCUGCGAAAGAAGAUUGCGGAGGCUGGCAAGAAGAGCUACACAGUCGUCGUAGGCAAACUCAAUCCAGCCAAGCUGGCCAAUUUUGCCGAAAUAGAGGGCUGGGUGGUCGUCGGAUGCUGGGAAAGCGGGCUGAUCGAGGAGGAUGCUGGCUAUUGGCGCCCCGUCAUCACGCCCUUUGAGAUGGAGGUGGCCUUGAUGAAUGAGGAAGUAAGGGUAUGGGGCGGAGAAUGGUGGGGAGGUAUCGAGAAGCUGAAGCUUGAAGACGACAGUCCGAAGAAGGAAGAGAAAACUAAUAAAGACAAGGUGGACCGAGAUACGGUAGCGGAAGACGGUGCCGAGGAGGAUGCGGACGAUGACGAGUCUCUACCGCCGGUUUUCGACCUGAGAACGGGAAAGCUGGUCAGCCACAGCAGGCCUAUGCAGCUCGCGACCAGAAGCGCAUCCACGACGCAGAAGGCUAACGGCGAAGACGGGCCGCGGUCAUCCGAUGCGUUGGUCAAGAGAUCAGUGGGUGAACUGGCGACGAUCAAUGGCGUGGCCAGCCCGGGCGCAGAGUAUCUCCGAUCACAGAGGACAUGGCAGGGCCUCGGCAGCGACUUCAACGAGGAGGCCAGCACGGCGAUAGAGGAGGGGCGGAGCGGCAUAGCGAGAGGGUACCAUGUGGGCGAAGAGACGGGGAGGCAUUGA